CACCCCACCACCCACCCUCUUCUCCCCCUGAAAAGUUAUGGCCCCUUUACCCUCUUACUUCAUCAUCUUCAACCUCCUUCUUCUUCCAUAAUUCUAUCAAGAACUCAUCAAUUUCUUCAAGCAAAAUCCUCCAUAAGUUAGCUCAUCGAUUUUUGAAUAUUCAAAUUUUCAAAGUGUUCUUGACUUGAACUUUUCAUCACCAACCUUUCUUCAUUAAGCAAAACACCCAAAGUCAAAAUGUUACAGCAAUCCCAGCAUAACUCCUUCAAAACAGCCAUGGCAGAUCCUUCUACUCAUUUCUUCAAGUUCAUCACUCCUGGCUUCAAAUUUGACCUCUCUCUUCCAAGUUCUUUCUUGACGCAACUGAACUGUGGUAGAUGCUCGAAAGCGACACUGAGUCGUGGGCGUCAUGAAUGGUCCGUUGACAUUGAUGACGGGGUCUUCGGUGACGGAUGGAGGAGGUUUGUUAGAGAGAAUGGAGUUCAAGAGUUCGAUUUCAUUGUGUUCAAACAUAAAGGAGGCAUGAUGUUUGAAUUUUUGGUUUUUGAUCAAUCAACAUGUGAAAGACAAUACCCAAAUAUAUCGGACGAAAUGGAGGUAGAAGAGCCUCCCACAGUAUCUGAUACGAUCCGUACAAUUAUGAAAGGGCCGAAGAACCUUAAAAAGCACAAGAGGAACGAUUAUGCAUCUCAAGACCAAAAAUUUCAAGUAAAGAAGGAGACUGGUUCAACAAUGAAGAAGGCAACUAGUUCGACUCUUAAAGAUUACCCAUACUUUAUUUCGACUCUGAAGCCUUGUUGCUUCAAAAAGUUGUUUCUUCAACUUCCUCUUCACUUUUACGAAACGAAGUCGUUUGAAAACUGGAGAUAUGAUUCUUCUGAUGCAUUCAAGUUUGAGAUUAUCGAGAAAGAGAAGAACAAGCCUCCUGUCGUCAGCUUUUCUUGUUUGACUCCUAUUGAAGAAGAUGGCCACCGGUACUUUAUCGGCAUAUUGAAGUCCUACAACCUACAAAAACCAUAUCUGUAUCUGCCACAAGAAUUUGUCACGUUCAAUGGGUUAAUCAAUAAGAAAAUAAUGAUCCUAAAAAACGCAGAAGACGAAAGGUUAUGGACAGUCGAGUUGAGGAACUAUAGAGGCGCUAUUAUAUAG